AUGGAGCGAAUCGAUGUCCACACCCACUGCGUGCCCCCCUCGUAUCGCGAGUAUUGCCUACAGAACGAGUUCGCGGGCAAGGGCCAUCCCGAUGGAAUGCCCGCGAUCCCAGAAUGGAGCGCCUCAGCCCACAUCCAGCUAAUGGAAAAGCUGAAGAUCAAAAAAUCAGUCCUGAGCAUGUCCUCCCCAGGAACCCAUCUAACACCAGGGAACGACGAAGAAGCCCGAUGCAUAACCCGACGCGCCAACGAGGACAUGUCAAAAAUCUGCGCCGAAAAUCCAAAUCAUUUCCUCUUCUUUGCGUCUCUCCCCCUCCCAGAUGUAGACGGCUCCCUUGCAGAAAUAGACUAUGCACUGGACCAUCUUGGCGCAGUCGGAUUCCAGAUCCUGACCAGCUCACAUGGCAUCUACCCGGGCGAUCCGAGAUUCGAUCGCGUUUUUGACAGGUUGAGCAAGCGCAAGACGAUCGUUUUUCUUCAUCCGACGACAUGUCUCAUCCGACGCGGUGAUAAGUCCCUAGAGAAGGUGGCGCCGCUCCCCGGCGUCGCUGCGCCCAUUAUGGAGUUUAUGUUCGAUUCGACCCGGUCGCUUAUGAGUCUGCUGACAUCCGGGACUGUUGAGCGCUGCCCGGGGAUUACUUUCGUUUCUUGUCAUUGCGGUGCGGCAUUGCCGCCGAUUAUGCAGAGAAUCGCAGAGUUCUCGUCGAUGCUGCCCAGUCCUGGGAAGGAGAUUAGCGGAGAGAAGAUUAAGCUGUUGUUGCGGACGCGCUUUUAUUUUGAUCUUGCGGGUGUGCCAUUUCCAGAUCAGAUUCAUGGGCUUCUCCGGUUGGUGGAUUCGUCUAGAUUGCUUUAUGGGAGUGAUUAUCCCUAUACCCCUGCAGCGCUGGCGGAGAGUUUGGCCAACAGAGUGGAUGAAGGACUGAGAAGUCAAUUUGGAUUGGACACAGCGCGACAAAUAUUGCUUGAAAAUGCGAAGGCCCUUCUUGGGGAGAUUAGGGAAGGACGUGAUUUGCCCCUGAGGAUUGAAAUCGGUCGUUGA